AUGGCCGAAGAUGAUGAUUAUAAGCACCUUGGGGCCUAUCCCCAGUGUGGAAUCUGCGCAGACAUGAUAUUCAAACACGAGAGACCCAACUCCACGAAGGCGGGGCUAUCAGAUAUGGCUGAAGCGAAUUCCAACUUGACGGAUUUGACCUCUGUACUUGCACGCGGCCUCACGACACAAUGCAAUACAAGCAGAGCGCCAGCCAAUUUUGAGGCGUCUCUAGAGACUGCUUGUUCGGAGCCUGAAAACAGCAUCUCGAGGACGUUUCUUAGAGCAGGGUUCCAGGCUUGGUUUGCUUAUUUCCUGGCGUCUGAAGAGGGAAAUACGGACGGUCUCGAGCGAUUACUCCUCGAGGACCUCGCGAACGUCGCGAGCCACGUUGCGCGCUUAGAUUUGCAUGAGUCUGUUCGGCAACUGUUCUCUCAUCUCUUCCGAGUCUGGCGUGGGAAGAAGCGCCUAGGUGCGUUGUCAAAGAGUUGCUUACGUCGAGAGUGCAGAAUUGCCCGAGGUGCGGAGUCCCUCAGUUAA